CACCAUUGUUUUUUUGAUGGAACAAAGCAAAGGCAUCCUCGUGUUAGAUUUGCCAAAGUUCAUCUUUACAAUAAUUACACAAGAAGUUGGGGCAUAUAUGCCGUUUGUGCUAGCGUUGAAUCACAGAUUAUCUCUCAAUGCAACAUAUACGAAGCUGGGAAGAAGAAGUUGGUUUUUAAAUAUCUCACAGAGAUGGCAGCUGAUAAGGAAGAGGGUGCCUCAGGAUGGAUUAAAUCUGAAGGAGAUUUGUUUCUGAAUGGCGCUCAACCUUGUUUGCUGGAAGAUUGUGGCGAUGUAUGUUUAUUUCAGGCUCACGAACACUACCAGACUUGUACCGUGGAACCCGCUUCUGCUGCUCUGAAAGCUGCUCUUCAGCGUUGUGCUGGAUGGCAGCCUAUACCAAGGCCGUCAGACUGUCUGGGUGGCCAUUGAAUGUGCUCAGCUAUUUGAGACUAAGGCUUCGUUUGAAACGGCUUUCUUACUGCUUCAUAAAGUAGUUUUUUAGUAUAAAUUUUUUAAUUAUUAAACUAAAAAGCUGCUUUAGGAAUCAGUAAGAAAGCUGCCCCAAUCGAAGCCUAAAUUAUUUCAUCGUUAAGUACGCAGCAGACUCAGAUGCAGGAAUGACCUGCAUUUGCUUGGUUUCUAUGUCUGGCUAAAGCAUUUCUUUUAUUUAUUUAUUUUUUAUUUUGGAAAUAUUGGUGUUAAAACAUAAAUUUUACUUGGAAUUCUAUUCUAGAACCUCAAUAAGAACUCUUAAAAUAUUUAUCAA